AUGGCGCAUGUUGUGAGGUUCGCUGCCAAGCAGCUGGUGGCAGGUUCACUGUUGCAUCAACUCAAACGAAAGAACGAAUGGUGGGAGGGAGGGGGCUGGUUGUCACACUGCGGAGCGGGCGUUGAUCAGCGGAAGCGUGGCGCCACGUGGCCAGCAUGCCAACCCAAAGCGGGCACUGGCGUUUACACCGAGGCGCAGGGCCGACCAUCCGAGAGCAGUUUUUAUUUUUCUGGCGCUGGACGGAACGCCGCAGCACAGCACAGUGUCCGAAGAGCAGUGAGCAGGGCAGCAGCAGCAGCAGCACUGGUAAUAAGGCUGGAUGAGCAGCAAGCUGCAAAUUGGCGCCAUUGCGGCCAGCACAGUGACGCCCUGCGCCACAGCAGCAGCAGCAGCAGCAGCGAGCGAAGGCUGUCGCCACAGGGCAGUGGUUACGAGCAGCAGAGCACGUGCUGUUAUCACCAGGCCAACCAUGACGCCGAUUAUCAGCAGCAGCAGCAGCGACGAGAGCAGGUCGGCGCCGCGGCCGACAGCAAGAAGUUCUCGCAGCGGCAACGGAACUCCUUCCUCACUGUUGCGAGGUGA